AUGGUGCUCUUCAGCACAAGUUCUGGGGGCACUGGCUCCAGCCUGGCUAAAGCUGCUAUUAUUGUAGCUGGUGUGGCUUCUCUGGUGGCCUCACUUAUCUCGUUAUUGUCUAUCUGGCUACAGACUAAAAACUACCGAAAACCUCUCCUCCAGCGAUACGUCGUCAGAAUCCUUUUGAUGGUACCUAUAUUCGCGAUAUCAUCUUGGACGAGCAUAGUUUCGUUGAAGGCAGCAGCUUGGGUUUCGCCUGUUCGGGAUAUCUAUGAAGCGUUUACCAUUUACACCUUUUUCCAGCUUCUCAUCAACUUCCUCGGUGGGGAGAGAUCCCUCAUUAUAAUGACCCAUGGCCGUCCUCCAAUCCAACACACCUGGCCACUCAACCAGUUUCUUCCAAAGAUUGACAUUUCAGACCCGUAUACCUUCCUAGCUAUAAAACGAGGGAUCUUGCAGUACGCAUGGUUAAAGCCGAUACUUGCACUGAUUACCAUCAUUCUUAAAGCCACCGGUACGUUCCAGGAGGGGUACAUUGGGCUCUCGUCUGGGUAUCUUUGGAUCGGAAUUAUAUACAAUCUGAGCGUCACAAUCAGUUUGUAUUCGCUCGCAUUGUACUGGAUCAUUAUGCACGAUGACCUUAAGCCAUACAGACCGGUCCCGAAGUUUCUAAGUGUCAAGCUUAUUAUAUUUGCUUCCUACUGGCAAGGGUUCUUUCUAUCUAUACUUCAGUUUCUCGGUGCAAUCCCGCAUGGUCCAGAAGGUUAUACUCCUAACAACAUGGCGGCAGCAAUUCAGGAUCUACUAAUCUGCUGUGAGAUGCCUAUAUUUGCACUUAUGCACUGGUAUGCAUUCUCGUGGCACGAUUACGCGGACUCAUCCAUAUCCUCAGCUAGAAUGCCUGUUAAAUAUGCAAUUCGUGAUGCAUUCGGGGUAAAGGAUCUCAUCGAGGACACCAAAGAAACUUUCCGCGGCGAAAAAUACCAGUAUCGAUUUUUCGACUCAGAAACUAACGUCAUCGCCCACGAAGAGUCACGGUCACGCAUGGCCCGCGUGAUGGACGGCAUGCGGUACGAAAGAGGCGGGAAAGCCAAGUACUGGAUCCCCAAACCCAAGGAGGUAAACAGCCGGACACCACUCCUAGACCCCGGGUCGUCGUCCUCCCGAAGGGAGUCUCAGGCCAGCUCGAGUCGGACGAGGGACGAAUGCAAUCGGACAUAUGAUAUCGAAGAACCCACUCUUAACGAGGAUGAUGAAUUGUGCUUCACGAACGCACGCAAACUUGAAUUCGGGGACUGGAACUACCCCGUCAUCACGACAAACGAAGUAUACCGAGAACAAGUGUGGCAAAGACAGACGUCCCAGCCAUCUAUCAACUCAGGCCGCACAGCUUCAAGCGAAGGAAACAAGAUCAAACGGCCUGGUAACCGUCAAAGCAAACGCCAGCAGCGUCCCAACGACCGGCAACCAGGAUCAUCUAGUAACGCCAAAGCGGAUAAGGCCAAACAGCCAGCGGCUCUAACUAGAGAGUCAAGCCGAACCAGCGAGUCAAGCAGCGCCUCCCGCCAGCUUGCAGACCUGGUCGACGGUACGGACGAGGCCCCAGCGCAAAGAACAGGGGACCAGCUCCCUCGUGAUACCAGAACACGGGAGUAUACAGAUGAGCAACCGUCCAUGCACCCGGCACCACACAACACUAACGAGGUACCGCCACGGCUAAAUGGUAGCGAGAACCUUGCGCCUUCUAAUAAUAAUACACACCGUCGUUCAGACGGCUUCCAGCAUGACGGAUCCGGGCCAGGAACUGAGGGGUACAGCGGCGUUUUUGAUGAUGAACACGACGCCUGGAACACCUCUGGUGCAACCCGAUAG